CUUUAUGUAACCCUUAAAUAAGUAAUGACAGUGAGCUCAGGCUGUUUAAUGCAGUCAUAGAAAACAGAAUCAUCUUGAAAAACUCAUGAGAACGUUAUAAAAUGUGGGGCAGAUCAUGCGCAGUGCGGGGAGGAGCACUUUUGGACGGGUAGCAGAACUCGGCAGAACACCGGUCUGAAAACUGGGGGGGUUUACAGCUGUGUGGGAGAAACUUCAGACUCAUGAAUAUUCAAACAUUCCAUUCAACCGUGUAAUAUGAUUGGCUGACGAACAAUGGCUCCGCCCUCCCAGCGUCUAUUCGCUGAGAGAGUUAGGGGGCGGGGCUUAGAGGGAGAGCGGUGUGACGCAGUGAGGAGGAAGUGAAAGUAAGUUCAGUCUCCGCCAUUAGAAGAGGACAGAAGUCCGGAUUCACUCGGGGUCGGUGUCGGCAGUGUUCAGCUGUGUGUGAAUGAAGAAGAGUAAAUGAUGGAUCUUCAGAACUCCAGCAGUGGAGGAGGACCUCCUGUCCUAAAAAUAAACAACCAGGAUAUUUAAUAAAGAACAGUGUUAAACUGCUGAAAGAGGUGAAGCACAAGCCAUCCAGAAGAAUCUCCUGAAAACGCAGAAAUUGUUUGCUACAUUUCACAGACAGAUGGAGCCAAGUCCCGACAUGGAGAAACAUCAGCACUCUGUCAAGAGUUUUACUAAACAGAGUGAUCUCAAAAAACACCAGCGCAUUCACACAGGAGAGAAACCGUAUCACUGCUCAGACUGUGGGAAGAGUUUUACUCAACAGAGUACUCUCAAAAAUCACCAGCGCAUUCACUCAGGAGAGAAACCGUAUCACUGCUCAGACUGUGGGAAGAGUUUUACUGAACAGAGUAGUCUCAAAAAACACCAGCGCAUUCACACAGGAGAGAAACCACAUCACUGCUCAGACUGUGGGAAGAGUUUUACUGAACAGAGUACUCUCAAAAAUCACCAGCGCAUUCACACAGGAGAGAAACUGUAUCACUGCUCAGACUGUGGGAAGAGUUUUACUGAACAGAGUACUCUCAAAAAUCACCAGCGCAUUCACACAGGAGAGAAACCGUAUUACUGCUCCGAUUGUGGGAAGAGUUUUAAUCAACAGGGUCAUCUCAAAAUACACCAACGCAUUCACACAGGAGAGAAACCGUAUUACUGUUUCGACUGUGGAAAGAGUUUUACUCAACAGAGUAGUCUCAAAAAACACCAGCGCAUUCACACAGGAGAGAAACCACAUCACUGCUCAGACUGUGGGAAGAGUUUUACUGAACAGAGUACUCUCAAAAAUCACCAGCGCAUUCACACAGGAGAGAAACCGUAUCACUGCUCAGACUGUGGAAAGAGUUUUACUAAACAGAGUCAUCUCAAAAUACACCAGCGCAUUCACACAGGAGAGAAACCGUAUCACUGCUCAGACUGUGAUAAGUGUUUUACUACACAGAGUGAUCUCAAAAUACACCAGCGCAUUCACACAGGAGAGAAACCGUAUCACUGUUCAGACUGUGGAAAGAGUUUUACUAAACAGAGUCAUCUCAAACUGCAUCAGCGCAUUCACACAGGAGAGAAACCGUAUCACUGCUCAGACUGUGGGAAGAGUUUUACUUUACAGAGUGAACUUAUAUUACAUCAGUGCAUUCACAAAAGAUAGAAAAGUAUCCCAAAUCUGUUCCUCUGCCAUAAAAAAUGCAAACCUUAAAUCUUUCAGACAGCCAAAAACACCUCAUCAUGCACAAAAUCUUCACUCUGUUACAAGAACUUCAUUUAAAAAUGGCUUUUUACAGGUUCAGAAAAAUGAAUCUUAUCCAGAGAUGAUGUUUACUGAAUUUCAUGCUGUGUUUUUAUGUAUGUUUGUAUACCUACAUUAGUUAAUGCCUGCAGAGCUCUUCAACACUUAGUGUUGUGUUUUAAGAAGUUUUUACACACAGAAUCAUAAAUGGUACCACUAACAGCAUAAACUAGGAACAUACAUUUUUACAUUUUUUUCAGUGAUAUGCUGAAUAAAUAGUAAAGCGAUGAUGCUAGCUCAGAGUAAAAUCGUAUAUUAAAUCUCUGCAUUAGCUUUAGAACUAAUAAUAAACAAAAGUGAGGAUUUUAUCAUUCUGGGACAUUUUUAGGUUUAAAAAUUGAAUAUGCUUUGCCAUAAGUAGGAAAUGAUCAUUUGGUCAACUUAUGUCAUUUACAGCCUUAACACAUUCUCAAUUGUUUACAUAUAAAAACUUUCUUUAUUUUUUCCUCCACUCCACGUUUGUAGUUUGUAGUUGGAGCGAGGGCACUGCCAGUGUUUGCUCCAGAUGUUAGAUUAGCAUUACUUAGUCUUUUAAAAUUUAGAUGUCGUAGUUUAAAGGAGUAGAGUAUUCUUAGGAGUAGAGAAUAUUCUUAGCUUGCAACAAAAAGCCAACAAAAUCCUUUUCAGAGUUUAAAAAAAAAAACCGGUCUAGCUGUAGUUUCCAUACUGAAAGCAACACUCAGCAGGCUGUGCAGCAGUAAGACUGCAGGAUCCUUGAUUCCCUCUACUGCACAUGUGUCAAACACAAGGCCCGCGGGCCAAAUGUGGCCACAUCCAAGCGAGAGCUUGUAAGAUCUUAGUGUCUAUAAUAAAUAGGUCAGAAGCGUUCUUUGACCAAAAACUACAUUUCCCACAAUGCUUGUCGAUUGUAUUACCCGCGAAGUUACGGCUUACUGCCACUACACGGCAGUGUAGUCAUUGAUGUGGAAACCCUGCCGGAGGGAAGGCAUAACUUCGUGGGUGGAAUUGAGACAUACAAACGUUUAUCCCAUAAUGUCCAGAAAAAGAGAAGCUGAUGCAGACGGACGGCUGUGCUUCAAGGCGAAAGACCGGUAUGCCUUUUGUGUUACAAAGAGUGUUACUGACCAAAAUAAACGCUUGUUAGUAGAGAUAUAAGUUCUGUGUAAAUAUUUAUAAGACAAUAGCUGACAAAAUCUGUUUUAAUGACGUUAAUAAACAUCACUGUGACAGCGCUAGUCACAGUUUCACCACAGCAAAGGAGGAGCACGUGAAUCACUUAUCUAACCAGCCUUUACUGAUUUCUGCCCCCAAUAACCCUUUCAGUAACCUCCAAUAGCCUUUAAUAACCUUCAGUAGCCUUCAACAGUCUAACCUUGCAGCCGUGGUGUGUUCUAAACUCCGUAGUUAUAAACAUCCUGAGGUUAGCAGCGCGCUAACUGACCUGUUUAUAAUGUAAUCCGAGCAGUGACUCCGUGACGGCUGCUCUAAACUGCUGCUGUUAGCUGCUUGGGCUGAAAGAUGAACUGUAGAGAGCUGUAUUAUUCGGUUAGUGGGGUUAAAACCUUUAUUUUCUACACAGAAGAAUUUUAAAAACUGUAAAAACGCUCCAGACUGCCUCAGCUGAGCCCUGUAGCCCGUGGCUGGGCUGUAGCUCUGACUGAGUAAAGACUGCGGGCUUGUGCUGCUGCAGCUCCGACUAGUGGUUGUAUGAGGAACUGCUAAAUCUGAGGAAAUGCUAAAUCUAUCACAUGUUCUUAACAGCUCACAAUUUUUAAUUUUAUAUUUAUUAAGCCUUAUUUCAGUAUCAAACGUUUUGAUCAAAGUUAAUAUAACUUGUAUUUUAUGUCAUUCCUAUUCACUUGAAUAAUUUGGUUCUUGAUUGAUGGAGUUUUUGGAUUUCAUAACAUGACAAAUUAAAAGGAUUUAUGUUAAUAGAGCAACAAGCAAACAUUUUUUUCCAUGCAACUGUAAUAUUUGAUUGAAUAAAUUGUAUAUUGAGAGUUAUUUAACAUUAAGGAGUAAUUACAUUCAUUUUAUAUUACAUUUGGUUACAUUUUAUUACAUUUAUAAGUUCCAUCUGGCCCUCAGUGGACAGCCAAUAUGCCAAUGUGGCCCUCGGCCAAAAUGAGUUUGACACCCCUGCUCUACUGGUUUUCUCAUUGGUCUAUGGUUCAGUCAGUCUGAUUAAAAAUCUGCAAGUUAAUCUACAGGGAUAUUUGGUUGUGUUGUGUUGCUAAAGUUAUAUACUCUGUUAUCUUUUCCUUAUUUGGUAUCGUUUUGCUAAAGGGUUUUUUAUAUCUCUAAAGGUACUAAAAAUAUCUAAUCCAUUUACUUUAUUGAUUGUUUUAUCCAGUACCAGCUAUUAUCGUUGUUUUACAUCACCUUAUGUAUUUACUCAUAUUCAUAUCUAUGUGAUUCAAUAAAAGGCUUUUAUAUUGCAA